AUGAAUACUCCAUGCACGAGUUUUGAAAACGAGAAUCGAUUACAUUUAUUUUGUUCAUCGUUCAAUUUCGAUCAAUAUCCUCUAAAUCGCCUUCAUUCACUGUCAUUGAUCGAAAUUAAGUUUAAUGAAUUACUUCAUUUAUCGUCUCGUUUUCACAUAUUAUUACCGAAAUUACAAUUGUUGACAAUCGAAACUCAUCAACCAAUUUCCGUAUUCCAGUUAAAUAAUUUAUGUACAACGACUAUAUUCAACAGAUUAGCUCUAGCGUCUCUCAGAAUUUGUUCAUUAACCUUUUAUCAUUCAAAUCGUGUUCUCGUUCAAAAUAAAAUUGUCGAAUCAAAUAUAGAAAUAUUAAAUAUUGGUUAUCUAUGUAGCGUGAACAAUCUUCUCACUAUUCUCCAAUGUACAAAGCAUCUUCGACGACUGUCUAUCGCUCUCUGGGAAGAUGCGGACCACUAUGCUGGAAAUAUAAACUCUAUUUCGAUGGUAUGUUCGAGUUUGAAAUACUUUCAUCUCAAUCUGGCAUUCGAUGUAUCAUUUCAAAAAUUACUCAACGUAUUUCAUUACAUGCCAAAUCUCGAGACACUUAUAAUCAAAGGUACUUUUGGUGAUAAACAUUACAUCAAAGGUGAAGAAUCGAAACAUGUCUUUUCAACAAUACUCACCCUUCUCAAACGUUUCUCAUUGAAUAUUGAAACAAAACAACGUCAACCAUUAUCAAUCGACGUCAGUGAUUUAUCGUCGAGAUAUUUUACCGACUACUGGCAACAACAAAACUUCAAUGUUCACUAUCAGAUCGAUCCCAGUCGGUCGAUGCUCAACGUCAAUGGCGUACCCGUUCGAGCCAGCCAUGUAAAAUUAGUUGUUGACGGCCGGUUUAUACGAUAA